GUCCAUUUUUGGGUCAUCACGUGUGAGGCGCAGCGGAUCGUGGUUCGCAAAUCUUGAUCGUACGGCGGUCUUCUGCUGCCACGUAAUCUCCGUAAUGAAAUCUAGGGCGCUUUCUAGUUAACGAACCCUAAGAACCAGCUCACUCCGGCGCGGAUUUAUAUGUUCGGGAGAACUCGGGGGACGUUGAUUAGAAAGUGAAACCGGAGCCAGAGGGCGGAGCAGGGCAAGAAGAUGGAUCGGUACCAGAGGAUUGAUAAACCUAGGGAGGAAACGCCUAUUAACAAGAAUGAGAUCCGUAUUACGACUCAGGGAAGGAUGCGCAGCUACAUCACUUACGCCUCUAGCCUUCUUCAGGAAGAAGGGUCCAAUGAAAUUGUUUUCAGGGCAAUGGGGAGAGCUAUUAAUAAGACUGUUAUGAUUGUGGAGCUAGUUAAGAGAAGAAUUCCUGGUCUUCAUCAAAUUACUUCAACUGGUUCUGCAGAUAUAACCGAUACAUGGGAGCCAUUAGAAGAAGGCUUACUCCCGCUUGAGACCACUAGGCAUGUAUCCAUGAUCAGCAUAACCCUCUCUAAAGUGGAGCUGGAUAAGUCUUCUGUUGGAUACCAAUCUCCUUUACCAGAAGAUCAGGUGAAACCAAACAGUGAAUUUGAUUAUGAGGGAGAGGGUUCUCCUCAUGGCCGAGGCAGGGGCCGUGGUGGCCAUGGUGUAGGAAGAGGAAGAGGAAGUGAAAAUGGACCUAUGGCGGUCAAUUAUGGUGAACGGAAUUGGGACGGUAGGGGGCGCGGAUAUGGUAGGGGAGGUCGGGGACGCGGCAGAGGCCGUGCUUUUAGAGGCCGGGGCAGAGGGCGCUACGGUGGCCAUCCCAACUUUCCGCAAGCCAUUGAUAGCCACAUUGAGGAUGCUCCUCCUGAUCCUGCUCAGGGCCGAGGUCGAGGAAGCGGCGGAGGGCUAAAUCGUCGAGGAAGGGGCCAUGAUGCACGACCAAAUGGUCCGAUCGACGCGGGUGCUGGUGAAGCUCAGUAAAUCCAUUUGUUGCCUGCAAGGCUUUCUUCCUUAUAAUGACUUGGAUGCCUGCCAAGUCCACACUGUUCUUUCUGUCUUUCUUUUUUUUUUUGUUUUAAGAUCAUUAACUCACAGGUUAACCAUAGUUUGUUUUAAGUUGUCUUUGUAAAAUCUGGUCUUUAGGGCUGGUAAAUGUCAUCUUCUUCCCCUCCUUUUCUUAACUGAUCGUAGCAUUCAACCUGUAGAGCAGCGCAUUCUUUUGUUAUAAUUUUUUUUUUUUUUUGCUUGAAAUUUGUGGCUUGACGAAUUAUAUAAU